UCGCCUUCCCACUUAGACAUCGCCACCAACUUCCCACUAUCGACAACCCUGUACCAAGUAUACUUCCCAGAGGCACAGUCGUAUUUCGUCCUCAUACCAUUCACGCUCACACGUGGCUCGCGAGUUUGCCCAGGCGAUGUAACGGAGGGUGGGCAUCGCCAGGGGAAGCUUGUUCGGAAGCCUGACCAUGGCUUGGACGUCCUCAUCAGCCCAUCCCGCAUCCUGGUAGGCCGGGUACUGAGGCGUCACCAAGCGCAAGCAGACGAGAGAAAGCUUCUGCAUGCUCUCAACGGAUCGGCCCAUCCAUCCCGGCUGCGGGGUUCGUUCCCAAGUGUGGCACUACAAAUCUAAGAACUUGAGCCGCGGCGCAACGAGGGGAAGCAGGUCCCAGUAUUGCGGCAAAUCGAUGUAGGAAUGCAGCGAC